AUGUCAGCAACGCCUCGCAAACCUGGAACGCCCGUCAGUUCCAGCAAAUCAUCGGCCGCAGAUCCGCCUUCGACCAACGGGUCCACCACACGAGGGCAUGCACGCUCGCCCAGCACCGCGACAAACGGUCUCAAUCGCUCCCCCUCCCUAAGAGGUUCCACACCAGUCUCCGCGCGCGCCGCUGCAAGAACUCGCGGCCGGUCCAAUCUCAGCAUGUCGAACGUACCUCGAAUCAAUAACGACCCCUCCGAAGAGGAAGCGAAGGCGCAGAAUGCUGCUCUAAUCGAGGAGCUGCGGGAGCAGCUGCAGAAAGCCGAGACCGCCUCAGAACAAUAUCAGAAACAACUUGGUGUCCUCCAAAUGCGCCUAGACGAAGCCGUUAGCGAACAGAGCAAGUUGGAAGACCAAGCACAUGAGCGAGACACUCGAAUCGAAAUACUGAGUGGCGAAGUCCGAGACCAAUCUCGCCAGCUCCGGGAUCUUGAGCAGAAUCACGAGUCGGAGCGAAAUGCGAUGCUGCAAGAGAAAGAGCAGCAGACCAGCCGGGAGGAGGAGUUGCAGGCGACUAUCCAACGGUUGAAGGAGUCCGUGGCGCAGAAGAGCAUGCCCGUCAACGCUGAGGGUGAGCGCCAAAUUUCCCGAUCUUCCAGUUUCCGUAACCGAGCAUCGCCGGACGUCGAGGGCCAAUUCGCUCCGUCAUCGCAAAUCGAGCGCAGCCCUUCUCGCAACAACUCCAACCUCCUCCUUCAGAAAGAUAAGCUCAUCGAGUCUUUGCGCCUCGAAUUGGCCGAGUCGCAAAUUAAGCUUGUCGAAAUGGAGAACAAAGGUGGCGGUCGACAGCGCGAUUUGGAGAAGGAGCUAUUGGACGCCCGUGUUGCGAAUGCUCGCCUCAUGGAAGACAACGAAAGCUACCAACUUCUUCUCAGCGAGAAGACCCUCACUGGUGACUUCACUAAAGGUGACUUCAUGCAGCAUGCUCACCCUGAGAAAGACUCUAGAAGUGGGCUCGGUUCUCUGGCGGACGAGCUCGAGUCUGUAGAUGAAGGACCCGAGACCGAUGCGAAUCGCAAGCCUGAGGGAGGAGAGCUCAAGGCUCUCAAAGAUCAAAACAAGGCCUUGACUCUCUACAUCGAGCGCAUCAUUAGCCGUGUUCUCCAGCAUGACGGGUUCGAACAUGUUUUGGAUCGCAAUGAUGAUGAAGGCAGGACUGGGUCCAAGGGCGGUAGUGAGAAAGACCUACCUCCCACUCCUCCAGAGAAGGAUGAUGCGCCAACUCAAUCACUCCUGCAACGGGCCAAGUCGGUGGUCGCAGGCCCACAAACUCGCUCUAUCCCCAGAUCCCGCCCGGCCAGCAUGAUGCCACCGCCCGCAGUUCCCCAGCCCUCUGCCAACGAGAACCCGGAGACUGCACCCAGCAUUCCGUUCAAUCGGGCCCAGUCAGUGAGAGCCACUCAUCGCCGUGCACGCUCUGAACAGGUGGAUCCAGCAGCCGCUUCUGUUGUCACUCAAAUGUACCGCGGGCGCAACAGCGGCGGACCCAUCAGCCCAACCGCCAUGGGCCCCGGAUCCCGCCAGAGUAUGUUCUCGGGGGCAGCUAGCUACUUUUCUGGCACGAGUCGCGCACCUUCUAUGUCCAGUCAACCCGACCGUACUGGACGGAGCAGCUCGCCCAGUGUUACGAGUGAUGUGCCCGGUGACACUGCCUCUAUAGGAGCAACCUCCAGCCCACCUCGAUCGAGCAGCGGCAUGAACAACUACACAGGAGCCGUGAUGACACAGAGCAAGCUACGUCCUCUGCGCCUGGUGAGUGAUGCUGCUAAGCUCGAAGAGGAAGAGGCUGCGCGGAAGAAAGCGAACCGCGCGAGCUGGAUCCCGGGGUGGUUCAACCGCCCUACCUCGGAUGAGCAACAGCAACCGCCGCCGCCACAGUCCUAG